AAUCUGAGGGAGCAACUUCAGAUCGGUGAAUGCGGGUCUCCGAGGCGUCGUUCACGAUCGAGAAGUCAGCCGAGGAUCGCCGGAGCACGGACACUUCGCUACGGUCUCGGUGUCGAUCAAAGGCGAAGAGGGGGGUGUCAGUUUCGAUGAAGAUGUGACUAUAAAGGGACCCGGAUUCCGGCGGUCACCGUGCAAAAUUCAUGAGUGUAGGGGAGCCACUGAACUCCUCGGGGGGUGUCUGUCGGCCUCCUGAAUUAUAGAUCGGCUCGCGUACCAGGUUAACCGUACCCACGAUCGGGCAUCCGGCAUCGCCGCAAAAUUUUCCGAAUAAGUUGGCCCGUCGUGCGUCGGCCGGGCAACACGAUGGCGACCACGGACGAGCAGCCCCUGUUCUUCAGGGACGGCAUCGUCUUCCGUGAAUGGGGCUACUUUCUGUCUAGACGGAACAAGUAUCACCUAUCCGAGCGAUACUUCGAGAAGGCGAUCCAGCACGGCGAGCAAUCGGACCUCAGGACACACCUCGGCCUCUGCAUGACCCAGCUCAAUUACGCUAGGUACAUCAGGGCCACGAGCACCACCGAUGUGUGCGUUAAAAUUGACCCGACCUACUCCUACGUGAAGCAGGUGCAGCUGAUGACCCUGUUCCAGGUCGGCGAGUUCGAGCACAGCAUGGUGCACGCUUAUCAGGGCUACCAGAAGCGUCAAACGACCGCGUUCAAGCGUGGCGUUCUGCAGGGGAACGAGACCGUGCACGAUUGCGUCGGCAAGAACACCCAUCGGCAGGCGCUGAUGCUUCUUUCGCCGUGGAUACGGAACCUCGUGGAGCACCGGAAGCUGAUGAUCGAGAAGCUCAAGGAGGAAGUCGACGAGCUGGCCGGCAUCGACGAGGAGCAGGCCAGGUUCAAAGUGAACGAUCCCGUGCAACAAGCGGAGCUGCGGAUCAGGAAGCUACAGGCGUACAUCGUGAAGCUCUACUUGGGACGGAUGGCUUGCGACAAGGACUUCCUGCAACGUUUGUCGGAGCAGCAGGAGAUUCUGGAUCAUCCUAACAAGGAAUCGGUCGAACUGCUGCGUUAUCACGUGACGAGGAAUUACAAGAGGGCGUUGGCAAGGCUGAAGAUCCUACGAAUGCGCAAGCCGUUGUACACGUACCUCUUUAGAAGAAGAGGAACUCCGAAGGGCCACAAACAGAUGAUCGAGGCGGAGAAGAAUCAGAGGAGGAACCUCAUUAUCAUCGAAGCGGACUUUCUGCUGCGACGUCUUCACGAGACGAGGAUGAAGAAAGAUUAUAUCACGUUUUUCCGCAUGGUCGACCGCGUGAAGGACAAGUUCGACGGCUACUCCCUGAAGAUGUUCCCCCUGAAGCAGAAGUGUUUGGACGCUGUUUACAACAUGGUCGCGUGGGCGUACAUAGACACCCGUGAUCUGAGGAAGCUUCGGUCCAAGGAGCAGAUUAAAAUUCAUCUGAAGCAUCACCUGGGAAUUCGCGUGGCUGAACUGCCGCGCGACUGCGAUAUCGCCUGGGUUCACAAUCUCAGCGUCAAAGACACGCUUCGAGUAUUCCGCAAGAGACUAGCGACGGCGUCGCAGCCGCUUGAGCUCGCCUGGCUCUUCCACGAGCUCUGCAAGUUCUUCAUCGACAUCCGCCGCUACGAUCUGGCCAGAUUCUACGGGAAGAAGGCUCGGGACAUGGGCGAGGCGGCGGAGAACGAGCAAUGGGUCCUGAACGUGCACCAUCUGAUCCUGCGCAUCGAGGUCUGCCAGAACUACCGGAACGAGGCGAAAGAAGCCGCCGUGUUGGCCCUCGCCGGCGCCAAGAAGCUGGGCCUGGAGUUCUUGAUGGACUUCUACAUGUGGAUACUGGACAUGAUCGACGAGACGGACGUGGACAAGUUGACGGACCAGGACCCGAUCGGCGCCAGACAACAGCUGAUCCUCGACCUGAUGCCCGCCGACAUGAAGCCAGACGUGGAUUACCUUUGGAGGCGAAUGGACGCUGUGCCAGCAAAACGGCGGCUGUCGGUCAUGCCCGGCUGCAAGCCUGUCGACAAAAUGUUCAAGUUCCCUUGCAAACGGAUGAGCAUCCUGCCGGCUCCGCCGAAGGACCCGGUAAGGGACGCCAGGCGGGCGUUCCUGGCUAAGCACGAGCUCGUCAAGGAGAGGCCUGGCUACGUCGACUUCAACGAGGUCUAGCUUGUAGACUCUUGUGCCGUCUAAUUUGUCUGUGAUCGUCCGACGAAACGAUUGUUCGAAGCACAAUGGAUACGCUGAAGACGUAGACGUUGUUGAAGUCCACGUUAAAAGUCAACGUUGACAAAGAACGUUGAUUGCGGCGUGAUAAUAGAGUCGCUGUGUUGUCUACGAGAGUUCGAUGAAGCUAAUCGUGAUCCAGAGCUCCAGAAGGAAGCUAAAAAGACUGGGCCACGCUGAGAACGGAGCCUGCGCUGUCAAGAGACCAUGUUGCGUUGAUAAUAAUAAAUAUCAGGAUAUUUCUCGGACUUCGAGCCUGUCGAUGACAGUCCAACAAAGGAAGGAAAUGGCACGCGGUCCUCGAAGGACGAGUAGAAGCGGACCGAAGAGGCUGGUUCGCCAAGAGAAGGAACCGACGAGGUUUUCGAAGGACGCCAGAAUAAAAGCCGGAAUAAAAGCCAGAAUAAAAGCCAGAAUAAAAGCGGGUUCCUCGAGUGGGCCAUCAGCGACGAGUCGAACUGUCCGAGCUACCGAGAGCAGAGCUUCGAGACGCGGAGUCCAAUAUCCACGGAAGUACCGGAGGAAAACGUCCGGAGGAUCCAACUGGACCAAUGAUACAGCUAAUCGGAAGAGAGACAACGCGGCGUUAACUCGAACGCGAGGGAAGCCCGUGUCUUUAUCUUGUCCGGACGCAGCCUCCGGGUGCUUCGGCAGCGAUGGCUAUUGACGGGGAUGGAAAGGGCCGUCGAGUCGCCGGCUGGGAGCUUGUUGACCCGGUAACUCCGGACGGCAUCGACGAAGCCGCCGUUUCUUCGGGAGUAACGGCUCCGUCGACCAGGCGAGCGGCGAGGCAGCAGCAGCAGCGGCACCAUCCCUGGCCCCGUCAAGCUGGAUCACCCGCGGCGGAACGGGACAAGUUGUUCGAUCUCAUUCAGUUUUUGACGCCGCGGAGCGGACACUUUAUCGCUCGAAGAUCUCUCCUAAUGGGAUAACUUGGCCGUCGUCGUCGGCCCCGGCGCCGUUCAAUCGGAAGACCGAAGACUGCGACUGCCGCGCCUCCACCGAAUCCGCCUAAGAAGUUCGCCGGAUGAAAAUUAGAUUCGUUGGAAACGCUUAGGCGUCUCGCCCGGCCCGUCCGGAUGCUUUAUGAUCGCCGAAGUAAGCGCCGAAGCUCGCUUGGUAAAUGUCUGUACGCGAACGGCGGAUGCACGUGGCAUCCGGUUUCAGUCGUUCAAACCAUAAUUCUUCUGUUUUGGAACGGUCGGUUUCCUUCGAGGAACGAAAUAAUUGCGUCAAGGAAUUGAUCGCGUAGUUUGAUGAUCCGAGGCGAUUAAGAAUGUGUCGAAUAAUCGGCGUGGUUUAACUAUUUGCACUCGCAUUCACUGUACAGUAACUUCAAACUGUAUUUAAUAAAACUGCUGAAAAUAGAAGCAUGUCAUCGGUAA